CACCCAUCUUCUACCAUUUCAUACGUAACACAGGUAGCUAGCUGAUGUGCUGGACGUGUUUCCCAAGCAUGGAGGCUGUGCCACGCAGAACAGUCCUCGGCGCUUGCGCGGUGGCCGUGCUGAUGGCGAUCGCCGUCGCGAAUGCUGGGUCCGCCGAGGCGGCGUCGGUCGUCGGCCUAGCCAAGUGCGCGGACUGCACGAGGAAGAACGUGAAUGCUGAGGCGGCUUUCAAUGGUCUUAAGGUGGCGAUCAAAUGCAAGAACAGCAAGGGUGAGUACGAGAGCAAGGCUGUCGGCGAGCUCCAAAGCACCGGCGCCUUCAGCGUCCCUGUCUCCGUCAACCUCGCCGGCUGCGUCGCGCAGCUCCACAAUGCAGCAGGCACGCCUUGCCCGGGGCAGGAGCCGUCGAGGAUAACGCCGUUGUCUGAUGGCACCUUUGUUGCCAUCCCGGCCGGGAACACGCAACAGGCGUCAUCUGCGGUGUGUGCGUCGGUGACAAUCUGCGGCCCUGUCAUGAAAUAUUUCCACGAGCACUUUCACAAGAAGGACAAGAAGCCUGAGCCGUCAAAGCCCGAACCAGAGCCAGAGCCCAAGCCACAGCCAGAACACCAGCCUCCUACACCGACGUACGGUUCAGCAACGCCUCCAAUCUACCAUCCUCCUGCAAUGAACAUGCACUUGACCGAUCACUUCCACAAAGACCACGAGCUCGAGCACUUCUUCGACCACUUCCACAAGAAGCCUGUUGUACCGCCGAAGCCUGAGCCACAGCCGAAACCACAGCCAGAGAGCCAGCCUCCAACACCGACGUACGGGUCAGCAACGCCCACAAACGGGUCCCCAACUCCUGUGAGCAACCAUGCUCCGCACAUGUUCCAUCACUUCUACAAGGGUCACCAUGACCACCACUUCUUCGACUACUUCCACAAGAAGCCUGUGCCACCAGAGCCUAAGCCAGAGCCCAAGCCGCAGCCAGAUAACCACCCUCCCGUGCCAACGUUUGGCUCGCCUCCUCCACUCUACCACGCUCCGGCCAAACAUUGAGUCCGUUUUGUUGCCUUGAAAUGAUGGGUACCUGAUAAUCUUGCAUGAUAUUGCACUACUAUGUAUUGGUAUCUGAAGAAUAAUGGUUGUGAUACAAGUGUGAGCGAGAGACUCUUUUUAUUUUUCCCAAGACACAAGUGUGGACUACCUAGAGUCAUGGACUCAUGGUUAUCCAUCUUUCAGCUGCAAAUGAGUGUUUAAAUUUAUUGUAAUAUUAUCUGAAUGAGUGUAUGUUGUGACAA